AUGGCACUGCCGGGCUGGCGCGGGGGCGGCCAGGCGCUGGAGCGGGCGCUGUCGCGGCAGCGCGAGCAGGAGGCGCGGCGGCGGCAGCAGCUGGACGAGGCGGCGCCUGAGCGGCUGCGGCAGCGCGGCCAGGCCCUGUGCUCGGCGCGGGAGGAGCGCAGAAGGAAGGUGGCCGACGACCUGCUCCACCAGCACUGGAAAGACAACAGCGCCCGGCUGCGAGAGAUUGAGUCGGAGCUGCACAAGAAACUCGUGAUAGAUGCCUGGGGCAACCAGCUGAUGCAAAAGAAGCAGCAAGAGGCAACUGAAAGAGAAGAAGAAAAACGUUUUGAAAAUGAAUAUGAACAUGCCCGAAGGGAAGCGCUGGAACGAAUGAAAUGGGAGGAAGAAAAGAGGCGGCUAGAAGAGAAGCAGCGAGCUGAGAUGUUGUUGCAGCAAAUGGAAGAACUGAAGCUGCAGGAGAUGGAGGCAACUAAACUGAAGAAAGAGCAGGAGAAUUUACUGAAGCAGAAAUGGGAGCUAGAAGAGCUAGAGGAAGAAAGGAAACAAAUGGAGGAGUGCAGGAAGAAGCUGGAGCUUGGUCGCUUUUUGAGACAUCAGUAUAAUGCCAAAUUAAAACAACGUGCACAGCAGAUACAAGAGGAACUGGAGAUGGAUAGACAAAUACUUCUAGCCCUCCUUGAGAAGGAAGAUGAGGACCAGCGGCUCCAGUCUGCCAGACGGGAGCAAGCUAUUGCAGAUGCGGCAUGGAUGAAACGUGUCAUUGAGGAGCAACUCCAGUUAGAGAGGGAACGAGAGGCACACCUGCAGACCAUUUUUAGGGAAGAAGCCAAACAAGUGUGGGAAAGGAGAGAGGAAGAAUGGGAAAAAGAAAGGAAGGCCAGAGAUCGACUGAUGAAUGAGGUCCUUGCAGGCAGACAGCGCCAGAUCCAAGAGAAGAUGGAGCUCAACAGACAUGCCCAAGAGGAAUCUGUAAAACAGCGGGAAGAGCUGAUCAGAGAGCUGGAGGAGGCAAAGGAGCUGACUCGUCGAGAGAGGGAGGAAGAGGAGGAACUGAAGACAGCUCGCAAGCAGGAGCUAGAGGCUCAGCUCACAGAGCAUCGCCUCCAAGAGCAGGAAGAGCUGGAGCGUCAGAGAGCAGAGGAGGAAGAAGAGAGGCUGGCAGAGCAGCGCCAUGAGGAAUUGGUGCAGCAGGAGGCCAAGCGCAUGAUGCAGCAAGGAUAUCACCACAGGCCCUAUGCUCGUCCGAAAACAGCAUGGACCUGACCAGCUGGUGUGAGGCGUGAGCACCUGACAGAUUUGGAACAGGCUGUUUGCCUGUUAAAGGACAUCAGGUUUUGUUGUUGGGCUUUGUUUUUGUUGUUUUGUGGAAUCAUUUGUAGACCAAGAAUCAAGGGACUUCUGUACUGAAAUGGUUGGGUUAUUACACAGUGGUGCUGGGAUGUAUUCAGAAUGACUGAAGGGUGGAGUUUUCAAGUACUUAGCUUUGACCAAACUCUGCCCCAUUGAAGACAAAGGUCCAUUUUCACUGGUAGAACAUGCAUUGAAAAUGCUAUCCUAACUGUGCCGAUGCUUCUGAAACAUUCUAGGUACUUCGGUAGGAGCCA